UUGCCUACGUCUCCAUUGCGUACACCUUCAUUUUGGAUUUGGUUCUGCCUGGGUAUUGGAUGUAACCUGCUAUGCCUUGGAUUGAAUGCACUGUUCAGCUUAGUUAUCAUAAUGGGAAGGCAACAAACUUUCAAGAACUCCUUCUAUGCAAUAGUCAUCGUUUUCUCCUUGACAGUUGUAACGAGCAAUUUCUGUAAACUCGCCUAUGAACUCGUUAUCGUCCUCGCUCGAGUACAUUUGAGAGGCUUCAGCUGUUUCUCGACGAUUAUGGAUCUUGCCGUCUCGCACUUUUGUCCACUACUCAUAUUUUUACUGGGGUUCAAUCGUUUUGCUGCCUUCUCUUCGCCAUACCUCUGUAAUCGACUUAUGGAAAGGAGGCCUCUGCAGUGUAUUCUUUUUGGGCUUCUUGUAUUUUCUGUUCUACACGCGAUUCUGAUUUACAAGAUUAGUGGGUUGCAAAGAGCUUUCGAGCAAGAUGCAGUGGUCGACUAUGCUGACGAACUUGUGAUCGUUCAGGUGUCAAACUACAUAUUUCACGCUCUUCCGCUCGUUUCGUCGCUUUUCUACCUUAUCGCCUACAGAUCGCUACGUUUCAAAAGGGAGGAUGCUAUCAGCAACAAAACGAAAACCCUUCUUGACAGCGUCGAACGAUGCACAUUGAACCAGGGAAUAUGGAUCCUCGUUGUAUAUCUAGUACGUUUAAUAUACGCCUCAGAACACAGGAGCUCCUCCUUCACUUAUGAAUAA